AUGACACCAUCACCCACGAUUAUGGAGACGACGCCAGAGCAGCAGCUGGCGGCGGUUUGGUCUCUGAGCUCUCCAAUGGCCUCGACGGACAGCCGAACAAGCAGCGGACGCCAGGCACAGCAGAACAAGUUCCGCAAGGGCGUGGGAAAAGGAGCCGGAAAGGCGAUGCCAUACGCAAAGAGGACACGCGAGCAGGAGGAAGAGGAGGAGCUAUGGAUGGAUUCGGAGCUCGACGAAGCGACAAUCCGCCGGACUCUGCGCACACUGGUCAGAGCGGCAGCCAGGCACGAACAACAGUUGACAUCCUUGGAAGCAGACAGGAGCUACGUCCUGUUCCUGGAAACCGGCAACCACGGCAUGAUCAGCGUGCUGAUUCAAGCCAGCCAGGCAUGGCGCCAGCAGUACGAGGCAGGCACGGUGACAACGACAUUGCUCACCAAGAUCGAGACAGACACCCAGGCCCUCCAAACAGCGGAGGCGGCCAACUGGAUUUCGCGGACUCCGCUCCAGUGGGUGUACACGGAAUGGAAUGCGGAGCAGAAGAAAGCCCUGCCAUCAAGCAUGGACAACCUCUCUCACGAGCAGGUCAAGCAAGCCGUGGCCAACCUGCUGAGGAACACGGCAAAGGACGGCGUAGUGCAUCGGCUCCAAAGCCUCAAGCCACUGCGCCCAGAUCUGCAGGCAGACGUCGUGGUGAUGCUCCUGACCCUGACCAUCCAUCAACAUGCGGCGGAAGUCUAUCGGGACCUGGACCUGCUAGCCAACAACUGCGCGGGAAAGGUGAUAGGACUUCGGCUGCGCAAAGAAAGGGUCAACAAAACGUCCCUGGUGAAGGAGCUGGAAAAACUGUACGCGAUCCUGCGUGCACAGUCGUCCCGUGAGGGCUUGAUAACCGGCCUUGGUGACUUGAAUGGCUCACUCAUGCAGGGUGGCAGCGGCCAACUCGCCAGCAUGAUGCAGCCGAGUUCCUGCAACACCUUUGUCAGCGCACGGCAUGCGCAGCCCUGCAGGGAGGAUGGGUUACCGAUGAACCGACCCUUCCGAAUCCAAGAGGCCAUCCAGCAGUGGCAUGACCAAGAUGGUGUACAUGCAUUCACGCUACUUCCGGAACUAUUGAUCCUGCAGGUAGUCAAUGCCGGCCACUAUCAAGCGUUCUACUUCCCAGG